AUGGACUUCGUCUCGAAAAACUUGGAUCAGACGGCGCGCCCCGCUGGAAACGUCGAGAUGUCAUCGGUGGUGAGGCAUAUCAAAGGUCAAAUACAGAAGGCCCGUAUAAACUCUCAGGACGCUCUGGCCGCGGCUCUUGACACUGCGUUUCGCGAGUUGAAUGCUCGAGCACAACAACCGGACGACUUGGAUUCUGAGAUCAAGACCUUUCUUGCUAUGCCACCUACGGAUGCAACGUUGCGAGUCGCGGAAGAGUAUCUGGAAAAUAUCAAGAAUCCACCAAAACCACCGCUUGGGCUUACUUGGAAGGAUAUAUUGGCUGAAGAGCCAUUCGAAGGGCAGCACUGGGAAGGUGCAUACAACCUGCCUCCCGGAAGCACCGUCGAAGACUGGGACACUCACAGCGGAGGAAGCACGCCUUCGCUCUCGCCAUGGGAUGACUCUGACGACCCGGACGAGUCACUGUCUUCCUCAGACAGCUUAGCUCCUACAGCGGAACCGGAUGAGCUCGAUGCAGCUCAGAAGUCCAUUUCAUCUUCGCAUCCCCGGAUGGCGUUUGGGCACCGUCAGGAUGUCGAGCAGCUACAGGCACGACAAUAUUGGAGACCAGGAUGGCGUCCAGAUAUCCCCAUAUCGCAACGUUUUGACAUCGGAGACGCGUCUACCUUAGCAGGUCCCGAGAAAGAGAUAUACAUAUACGAACAUGACGCCGUCCGCGAGGUCCUGACGGGCUUGCAAGGACGUAAAAAUGUGAUGAUGAAGUGGGAAUACACUGGGAAUGAAGCCUUCUCGUUCGUUCCAAACACGUCGAUGAGAUUGUUGCACCUCACUGCAGGCGCGCAACUGUCCAUUAUCACAUCUUUCACUCAGAGUGCAACGACCCUGGAACACCUACGCAAAUUUGUAUCGGCCGUUUACAAAAAGGCAUCAGAAACGCCCACUCAUACUCAUACAGAGCCUGUGUAUCUCAAUAGCGUGUCUCGGCGAAACCCCCUGACACUUGAGGCCUGCGCUGCCGCUGUUGACUCUCAGUUGCAAAAAUUCAACGCGUGGUGUGCGUCCCGGGAAGAGCAGAUUUGUCUUGCACAAGCCGGUGUACGGCCUCCUCUCGUAGUCAGCUUGCUCAGCCUAGACAAGGCCAUUAAGGACGAAUUCUCCGCUUCCUUCAGCGUGAUUCUCGACGUACUGAAGGAGGUCGUUCGACGAGCCUUGCGGAAUUCGGAGCCCCUCAAGGAAAUCUGGACAUAUCCCGAGCUUCCCAUGAGGAUUCUGCCGUCCGCGUUUACUACCCUUUUGCUCGACUCACUACUAGUCGCUGUCCAAGAACGCAACUCCAUGGGCGACACUGUCACAUCCGAUGUUCUGAUGCGCGUAUUCACCCAAACUGCAGAGCCCAUCUGGGAAAUGGUAGGCCGCUGGAUGAAGAACGGUAUGCCCGUGCAAGAGAUGGGCUUAUACGAAUCUCGCCCACCUGCAACGAAACUAGAUGACGAGUUCUUCGUCGAGGACAACGAAUUACCUCUGCUGGAUCCAGACUUCUGGGCUGACGGCUUUGUCCUCAAGAAUAGUCAAGAAGAUGAAAGUCGGACUUCUUCGGUGCCCGCGGUCCUGGCACUAUUUGCACAAGACAUUCUUGAUGCGGGAAAGGCUAUUGGAAUGUUGCGGGCACUCGGAACCUCAGCUACGUUUGAACGUGGAACAGAGCAGCAAUGGCUCGCAAGCUGGCGGCCGUUUACGUCACUCAUUGAGUCUCCUCCUGCGUUCUCAGACAAAGAUUUGUCUUCGAAAGUGGACCCAGCGACGCUACCCGGGCAGGCUCGACGUGUUGCAGCCACUAACGAUGACUUGGCGGGCCUCAUUCAAGAUGAGCUGCUCCCACAUUGCCGCUUGGCGCAAGAAAUGCUGCAAAGGGUUAUCAUCGACGAAUGCGAUCUCUGGCUGCACCUAUCAGCGAUGGAAGACUUGUUUCUCAUGAGACAAGGCGACGCGUUGUCUCGAUUUGUUGAUGUAUUGUUUGCAAGAAUGGACAACAAGCAGGCGUGGUCCGAUUUCCACUUCCUCAAUCGCGCUUUCCGCGAUGUUGUAGAAGCCAGCUCUUACAAAUGGAUCGAUGCGUCGCUUGUACGCUUCUCGCACAGGGGAAGCAAGGACAAAUCCAUCACUCGGACGGUGAGGGCCAUCGAUGGCCUACUGCUCGAGUAUGCAGUUCCUUUCCCUUUGACAUACAUUUUCGGGCCUCGAGUCAUGCAAGCCUACUCCUCCAUCUUCUCUUUCAUCCUGCAAAUCCGCCGAGCCAAGAGUGUCCUUGAGCGGAUCUUAGUUUUCUACGCGCUGAGGAGCAAAUUGUCGUGGUUCGUGAACACUUUGCUCGACUUCGUUGCAACCAAUGUACUACAUUCUCAAUUGCUGAGCUUUCAUGAAGCCUUCCGACAAGCGAAGUCACUCAACGACAUGAUCCAUCUACACGACGACCAUCUGACCAAGAUUCAAAGCCGCUGCUUGCUACAGCAGAACACUUCACCCUUUCAACGCGCAAUCAUUUCCAUACUCGAUAUGGCGCUGCAUUUCAGCGACUAUUUCGUCGCCUUCGCCGGAGACACGACGCACGACAUCUCGCGGCAGUCGAUCGCGACGAUGAAACGGCAUCGCAGCCGCCGCGCGAGGCGACAGCGGAAGAACGUCAUAGGAUUCUCGCAAACCUUGAAAAAGGCUGAUGUCAGCUCAGAGAGCAGCGACUCAGAAUUCGACGACGAUCUUGCGGAGGGCAGGGUGCCGCCCGAGCCUUCUUUCUCCUUGGCAAUGUCCACCGUGUCCGCCCCGGAUGAGAGCUUCGUCGAUCGGCUGGACAAGAUGUCGUCAGAGCUCGACACCCAUGUACGGUUCAUCCGCCGCUGGGCGGAGAGUCUCGCGGCCGGUUCUGGAGAAGCAGCGCCAACAUUUGGCAUGUUCGCAUUCGCUUUAGACGACUGGGACAGGUAG